AUGGCCAAAGUCAUCCUCAUCUUGGGCGGAGCAGGUGCUCAGAACUCUGCCGUGGCCCGCGAGCUCGCCAAAAACGAGUCCUUUUCGGUCAAGAUUUUGUCUCGAAAUGCCAAGUCGGAGGAAAGUGUGUCUCUUGCGGCUACCCCUCGCAUAACGGUGGUUGAAGGAGACUGUUAUGACGAAGACACUCUCGUUUCCGCCUUUGAGGGAGUUGACGCUGUUUUCGUCAAUACCAAUGGUUUCGCCGUCGGCGAGAAGGCUGAAAUCUUCUGGGGCAUUCGCAUGUAUGAGAUUGCCUACUGGUCUGGUGUCAAGCACUUCAUCUACAGCUCUCUGCCGUUUGUGUCCAAAAAGUCUGGGUUCAACCCCAAGUAUCGUGUCCCUUUCGCCGAUGGCAAGGCAAAGGUUGUCGAUUUCCUCAAGGCUCAGCCAACUGACAAGAUGAUCUGGAGCGCCAUAGAAAGCGGUCCCUAUCCCGAGUCCCAUCUGGCUACAUGGUCUCCCUCCAAGGGUGACGAUGGGGUCUAUGUCUUCCGCAUGCCCAUCGAGGCUGACGGUGCCAUGGCAAUGGUGGGAUUGACCGACUUUGCUUGGUUUACUCGCUACAUGUUUGAGCACCCCAAGGAAUUCGUAGCAGACUUGCUCAGCGUUGGUAUUGACCACGUAGACGGCAAUACCAUUGCCGCAGCCUUUACCGCUGUGACUGGAGAGCCUGCUCGGUUCGAGCCUCUGCCGCUCUCCGAGGUGGCCAAGACGUGGCCAGAUACCAAGAUUGGUCUUGCUGGAUCUCCUGGUUAUGAAGACCCCACUCUCAAGACAAUGGCUGGCAUGUUUGUCCCUUGGUUCACAAUCUGGCAGGAGAGCGGCGGCAACAAAGGUCUUUGGACCAAGGAUUAUGCUCGCUUGGACAGGAUUCAUCCCAACCGCAUCAAGACCAUUGAGCAGUGGAUGCGUUCCGUCGGCUACUCAACCGAAAAAUAUCCCUCUGCAUUAAAAACGGGGAUUUUCGGCGAGCCAACAGCUGAGGUAAAAUUGGUCCAUGACGAUGAGAAGAAAAAUUAGACAAAUCACCGUAUAGACAAAUAGCGAAAGUAGUUACUUGUUUUAGCAUAGAAAUUCAUCAUUUAUACUGC